GUGAUUAGAAAAAAUGGCGGACUUGCAGAUGGUAGAUGAUGAUACGGUACAUGUAAUUUCUGCCGGCAAUUGAGGAAGAGAGGAAAUCAAAAUGAUUUUCUCGGCAAAUUGUAAAUCUAUCUGCUUUUGGCAUUAAAAAGGUAAGAACAUCUGAGCUAAGCAGGAUUUUUUUGUCACUUCACACCGUGCGCGAGCUCUCGAAAUGGUUGGCGUAGCAACGGUUAAGGCUAUGUGUCGGGGAAAAAAAAACGUCCCUAGACUAAGUUAAAACGCAUUCACCGAUAUCCAAGCCGUUGAAACUUCUGUUUUACCCACAGGUCAUCUAAUGAAAUGGCAUCCAGAACGGCGAAGAAAACCGGUUUGUUCGCGAUCGAUGACAACCUUGUUGGACACUUCAGCUCCAGCCGGAAACUGUAAGUCAGGGGAUUUAGAAUUGUGAUGAUAAUUUUCCCUUUAUUAUGUAAGCAUGGAAUGGAUUUUCCAUUGUGAGAUAUUUAAAAGGGGCUGCAUAGUGGGUGUAGGUGGUAGAUCAUUGCCGGUGUCACAGCGUUUUGGGCAUCCCCGCGUUUUGGGCAUCCCCAUUCCCAUAUCCCUAGCGUUUUGGGCAUCCCCGGUGGGGGAUGCCCAAAACGCUGAUCACUUCGACUUUGCCUAAAUUAUUUCAGACUGGGGAAAAGUCGGGAUUGUUAAUCACGAAUUUACGGCUAAAUAGUGUAGAUGCAUGUUAGAAUUAUAUCGUCCGACACUUUUUGCCGGGUUAAUUGCGCAGAAAAAAACCCAUAGGCAGUAAACGUUGGCUCAAAACAUGACGAAACUGAAAUUUACAACCGCAUAACAUCGCUUCGAUGCACAACACUUCAUUGUUUGCAAAGCUUUCAAUUUUAUUUAAUAGAACUGUUUACAAGCGAGCAAUGCCGCAAUCGCCGGCAGCUGCGAUCGCCUGCUUCAAACAGCCAAAAACAAGAAUUCUAAACAAAGGAAUCAAAAGGUAAACAUGAAUAAAACUGCGUUUUUGCGGUGUUGCAUUCAUAGUAUUCAUGACAUUUGAGGCCUGUACAACUUAACCCCGCAGCGCUACUUGAUACAGGAAAGGCUGUCACACAAUUACAGAGGCCUCAAAUCAUCAGAAAUAACCGGAGGUGGGGUGACAAUUCCCCCAAAAAAACCAGUGCAAGGGAAAGGCAUGUCUAGAAAAAAAAUCCUGUAGUUAUGUAGUUAUGAUAAAUGGAUGCUCCAAUGAUGGUCACUAGAAGAGAUGUUGUGCUUGGCGCCGCAGGCGUGACAGCGGGCGUGACAUAAAUGGAUGUUCAAGGCCACACUUAGGUUAACUGACAGAAAAUCUGUCAUCUUGACCCUUCAGAAAUAUAACCUCUGAUCUUUGGCUUCACAUAAAAUAAUAACAAACGGGAUCUAUAAGAAGGACUCCGGUUUACAAUGCCCUUUGACAACCUACCAAAAGAUGCAAUUAUGCCUCACCCUUUCAAAUUUCACUGAAAACAGAAGAAAUUUAGCGUAUGUUUUCGAUUAUCAACGCGGGUGUUUCAAAAACACGAUCAAUUGGCAAAUAAAUAACAUUUGUAACUACACUGCAACCAUUUCUAUCGUGUCCUUGUAGUAUUCAGGCCAGUAAAACCGCUCUUUGAUUUUCCUUAGAGUGUUAUCGCGGCCGGUGUGUCCAGAAAAAGGAGCAGAGUGGCACUCUUGAAGACCCUCGCUUUAUCUUCCUCGGCGAUAACAAGACGUCAAGCGCGCUGUGCCAUCCUUCUCCUUGGCCACGUUGAACAAGGACUCUAAUUUUGAGUCAUACUCAAACUUUUUGCGAAUUUUCUAAGAAUUGUUUUGUCCUGCUUUGUAAAGCCUUCGGAUAAACCUUAUUUUUAAGAUACCGAACAGAUUUGCAUAUUUAGCGGAAUCCAUCUCUAAAAGGUUUUCGAUUUUCCCGCGAAAUCCCAAAUUGUUUUGGAGGGGAUGCCCAAAACGCUAGGGAUUUGGGCAUCCCGGGAGGGUACCGGGGGAUGCCCAAAACGCUGCAGUAAUAUGAGAAGGGGAUACCAAAAACGCUAGGGAUAUGGGAAUGGGGAUGCCCAAAACGCGGGGAUGCCCAAAACGCUGUGACACCGGAAUCAUAUUGUGGGGGCCUGGGUACGAGUCCGUAUAGUAUCGUUACAGAGGCUCUUCUUUACAAGAAGCACGUGAGUUUGCCAGUUCCUUCACAGAAGAAUUCAAAACUUUAAUUCCUAUAACCCUCACUACCUAUUGUUUUCAGGGAUAGGGGUAUUGUUAUGUCACCAUCCCUAUUGUUUUCCCAGCCAAUCACAAACCUUGUUUGGAACUGGUGCAGCUCUAUUAAAGGCAGGUCUAGACUAUGAGUUAACCUGCAGAUGUAAAUUUGAUGUUGGUUUUUGCACGGAAGUCGUAACUUUGAUGGACUUCAAGAAAAAGUUUUCAUGAUGAUACCACUAACACGACUUGCACACUCAGGGCAACUGCAACUAUGACGGAAACGAGAAAAUAAGCAAAACAAAAACUCUGAACGUGCAGCACACUUUUUGACCAGUUUCAAUGCUGUCAUUGCAUGACUAACAUUGUCAAACUUAUUGAAAGAGGCAAUGUGAUUGUUGCUCCGAGCAAUAAUAAUAACAAAAAAUAAGAUUGUCUCUUCAUCAAUGGGGAUUGUCAUCAGAAAUACCCCUACAGAGGUUCAAAGAAGAAUAUAGUAUAUUCCACAAAAUAAUGACUGUUUUUGAGUAGAUUCCUGACAUUAACAUUUUUGUGGCCUAUUAUUUGUAAACAAAUGCUAAAAGAAUACAAUUUACUACAUGUAAAUUGACCAAUUACCAGUAGCUGUCAUUGACCAGAUUCAGGACAAGUCUACGUCAUCAGCAUAAAAUGUUUGGGACUGAAUUACUGAAUCACAGGUGUCUCUCCCACAAACUGCCCUGUAUUCACAGGCUAGCAAAUAUUGAAUGAGAUACAGCCAUUCAAGAAUUUUAAUAUUAAACAAGAGAUGUGUAGAUAUCCAGUAAAGUUUCCACCAAUCCAUGCAUUAUUUUUCAUAGUACUGUUAAUUGUCAAGUUUUUGAAAGGCUGCAUCUUGUUCACAGGUGUAUACCAUACUUUUGUAAAGUUUGGUGUGCUCUUUCUGACAGUUGUUGUUCUUGUGUGGAUGAUAUGAAAUAUGGCUGUUGCUGGUUUGCUGUACUGAAGUCACAGACGCCAUUGUUGUCAUCCAGCAUGGCCACCUUAUCAACUGGUACUAGUGAUCCAAGAAUAUUCAGGGUCUUAACCCUCAGAUGUACAUGCAAAUUUUUACCCCCACCGCGGUACAAGGGGGGGGGGGGUUGAUAGACUCCCCCAGAGUUUUUGAUAUGUUAUAAUAUUUCAAAACAAUUUUGCCUUCAGUGAAAAGCCUUUGAUCUUCUCAACAAGAUGAGGUAUAAAUUAUUUUAUGGGUGGUGGUGCCGCUGGAGGCCUGUGACAUUACCAACAAUGGUCACCAUUUUGGCUGCCAUCUUGGAUUUUACCAAGAAUUAGAAAUCAGGUUAAAACUGUGAUAAAUGGUAAUUUUUUGUGCUGGACAUUGAAAAUAACACAUAAAUAAGCACUCUGCAUCAUUUUAUCCACAAGCUUUACUUUUAUUGUUGAGAGGAGUUGAAAAUACAUGCAUUUUCACUCAAAAAAGGCUUGACCACCUGCUUCUUAUGAUGUCAUAUCUUAUAACCACAGUAACUGACAAAAAGUACAUGUAGAAAAUAAAAAUGGCGGUACACGUUGGUGUUCAGUCAUUGGGUUAAGGGGUAGUGGUAGGGGGUGGAUGGGAAGUUUCCCAGAACCUUAUAUUGAUCUCUGGUCACUUUUAAGAAUCAGCUCACGGCAAGACACAGAAGAUUUUACUGGGAAUAGGUUAAUAAUACCCCAUUCUACAGCUGUACUUGUAUCUAAGAUACCUUCACACUACGAGGCAGCAUAAAAUACAAAGAUAUCUCCAACAGGCCAGGAAGUUUUUCCAUACCCUUUUGCCGGGUAAAUGUUUAAAAUGGUUUAUAAAAGAUGGAACGUAAAUUAUUGAUAUUUCUGUAUCAACAAUUAUUUGACCCUUUUAGGAAGGUAUAGUCACAGAAAAAAUUGGUUGCUUACAUGUAACUAUUAGAUAAUUAUUUAUUACAUUUUAGAAGCAAAUUGGAAGCAGAACGACUGGAAAUGCAGUGGAAAAAAAUCUGUGAAAAUGAAAAAAGGAGUAAAGAAAGAAAUAGAGAGCUGCUUAAAGACUUUGAAAGAGUGGAGAGACAUGCUGCUAUGCUAGCUGUUAAAUCAGAUAGGCUUAAGUCUUACAAGGUAAUAUCAGUUCUACAUAUGAAAUUACAUGAACCUAAUCAUGUAUUACAUAUUAUUAUAGGAUUUAAAUUUUAUUAAACAACUUCCCAGUUUUACAGCAUUACAUCUUGAUUUAUUGUUCGACAUGUUUCUGUGAACAGGGCAUUUUUAGCAAAUUGUAUGAAUUAUUAAAACAACAACAACAACAACAAAUCGAAUAAUUCAAUAAACCUUUUCAUCUUUUACUGGUAUAUUUGUUUUCCCAUUUUACAGCAUGUGAUGUUACCUCAGAGAAUUUUUUUUAUAAAUGUGUUCCUUAACAUACAUGUAUGCCUAUUUUCUGAAAAGACAGAAGACAAACUUCAGUGAGAACAUCACUUGAUCUGAAAUGAGAAAGCAAAACAUGCAAACUGAAAAGGUCUAUUUAAUAUUGAAACAUCUGUUGUGUGAUGUUACAGGAACAAUAUGAGAAUUAUAUCAAUAAGAUGUACCCUCGAUGGAGAGAAGAACUGGAGAGCUAUAGACUGAAACAACAGCAGGACAGGAAUGGCCUGACAAGUGUAAGUUAUUUGGUCAAAUAAAUAUUGCGCGGUGAUUUUGGUACUAUUAAUACUUGGCAUAAUAUAAGCAGGUUGAGCAUUAUUGUGCCAGAGAAUGUAGUCCUGAAUAGGACCAUUGUUGACAGUGACUGACAUUUUGAUAACCUGUGCAGUAGUCAUCUUCAGAGUCGAAGUGAGUUGUAUCAUGUCAGGUUAUGGUAUUAAACUCUGGUUUAACUUACCUGAUUGGUCAUUUAAGUUGAGAUGUUAAUGGUCUUCUGUCAGUUAAGCCGUGAUGUUAUUGGUGAUGAAAGCUCGAAAUGUCAUUGGUGUGUUUCGAUACAUCUAUUGUCACAAUUUAACAGUCGAUGUGGUAGUCAAAUUGUCGGUUGUCUAUUUUGGCAUAAUAUAUAAAUUUAUAUGUCAUUUUACGAGAUGCAAUAUUGCUAUGGAAAAUUCUGGUAAUAAGUUUAGUUAUAAGUCUGGGCCCAGUUCCUGAAAGGUCGAUGAGCGUUAAUCCAGGAUUAAAAUUUUGGUCUGUUUUCGUAUUACACAUUCUAAUAUGCAGUGCUUAAGGUAACAUUUUGUGUUAUCAUUACAGUAUCUUGUAGUAAAGGCUCAACAUUAUUUUGUGACCUCGAGUUGCAUGUUCUUAGACAAGAAAACCGUGCUUGAAAUUUGGUCUUAAUCCUGGUUAAACUUAAACAUCUUUUGAGGAACCGGGCCCAGUAGCAUAUUAUUUACCAAAGCAUUGAAUUACUCAGGAGGCUUACUACUCAGGGGAAAUUUCUUUCAUUAAAGUGGCAUGACGAUUUACUUGAUAUAAUCUACAGUACUGGAUCUUUUCUCUCUUGUUCUCCUACACGUAUAGUUUCAGUUCCUUUUCACUGUGGUGAAAUAAUUACAAUGUACUUAACUAACUGGUAGUUUCCGAAUUAAUCUGCAGCUAUGAGGUAUCUAGGGUAAUGAUUAUCUUAAUCAGAUCAAACUAGAUAUGCUACUAAAUUGCCUAUGUUUAUGUCAACAACUUUAAUUCAAAGUUAAACACCACUGUAUGCUGUAAUUUUGGUUUAUCUAACAUCAGUCAAACCCAGGAUAAACUUAUUUUGUGCAGUUUCGUCAAUCUCCAUAGAGGCAAAGCAAAGAUAUCUAUAACUAUCACUGUUUUGGAAGCCAUCAUGAUGGGUAGGUAACCAUGUGAGAAAUUACAGUGUUUGUAUGGGAAUUAAUGUCAAGUAAUUUCCGUAAAGCAGCUGUACUGGAAAAAAAUGAAUUGUGAGCUACAACUUCACUCCUAAGGAUUCUAAAAUGAAAAAAUAAUUAAGGGCGUUACCUGCGUUAGUUUUGAAAUUUUCUAUACUUUUGUUUGUGAAAAUUUUUCUGCAGCUGACUAAAAUUUCCUGGGAAAAAUUGCAGACAAAAUGUGGAAAAUCUAAAGCAAGUGACUAGGGAAACUUAAGCACUAGUACGGCCCUCAAAAUUUGUUAGUAGAAUCCUUUGCUUUGUAACUUAAGUGUACAAUUCCUACUUUCUUCAGGACAGCUGUUUUACGAAAAUUAUUCGACAUUAGGUUCGCAUGCAAACACUGUUAUUUCUCACGCGGUUGCCUACCCAACAAGAUGGCUACCAAAACCGUGACAAGGUCUAUUUCCGUUGUUGUUUCAACAAACAGUGGUUGAAACUUCAGCGUGAUGUUCAUGUAUUUGUUACUGAAAUAAAAGAACAAGACUGUUAUGAUGCUCGCUAGGCUUAGUGCCAAAUAAUAUCUAUUUUUACAGACUUCUGGUUUCUCUGCUACAAGGUCUGGGGCUGUACCACAAUACAGUGGGAAUAGUCACUUUACAAGUACACCUACUAUCGCUACCAAUCCACUGCCGGCAUAUGAUGGUAGUGCAAGCUUAACACAACAUAGAUCUCCACCAGGAAUGUAUCAUCCGUCAGGCAAUCUACAUUUACAGAGGAGUCCUUUACAGGAUCCUUAUAAUGACUUCUCUUAUCGUGAAAGGCCUUUUGAUUCAUCUCGUCUACAUGAAGGAGGUGUACUACAGUCAAGAUAUCCACAGCAAACUGAUGGAAGGUGGCAACCCUCUAGUUUCCAUGACAACCAGAGAACAUAUCAAACUCAAUUUGUGCCAAGUAGUAGAGAGUUCGAUGCUUCUUACCAUAGGCCGCCAGAUCGUUACUUUUCGCCGCCGGACCAGGUAUUUUAUGAUGGGCGUCAACCUGUCGGUGAAGGUCCUAGGAGUUAUGCACCUGACACAAGGUACAGGUCUGCUGAAGUUCCUUAUGGACAGCGGCAGGGCUCCGGAACAGCCACACCUUAUGAACCAAGGACAGAGCUACAGAGAGGCUACCACGCACAUGGAGGGGAGAGAGGAGCCUUUGAUCAGAGUAGACAUGGAGGACAAUACUAUGAUGGUUGGCAGGUUAGGUACCAUGGCAAUCAGAGAUCACCGGAAUUUGAGUCACAGAGAAAUGAAAGCAACAUCGGUGGAAGAGAUGAAACUCUUGUUGACAAGGUACGGGGUCUUGUUCAAGGUAAUGUUGUACGUGGAUGAUAAUAGGGACCUUACGUUUCGACAACGGCGAGAUCCGUUGAAACGUCGCUGAAUAAUAGACUUCGCAUCUUUUCAAACUUUUUCGCCAUAAUUAUCCCAAGUCGUUCAGUUACUUAAAAAAGGGAACUUAGGUUGGAGCUGAGGAGAGGGGACCGCGUCCGAGUUCAGACAGAGAUGGUAGAAUUUAUUUAUUUAAGGCUUUCCAUUCUCAAGUAAACUUAAAAUUUGGACCUUCCACGUCGUAGUUUAAUAUACACGGACAAGGCGACGAAAUUUACAAAAAAGCGUGAUGCACGUGCAGAGUUGUUGUUUUGCUCUUAAUCUAUUGCUUUUUUGACGUUCCCGUCGCCGUCGCCGUCGUAGUUUCGUAAGGUCCCUAAUAGAGUGUUUUCACAUGACGUCACGGCAGCCAUAUUGGCGUCCCAAAACAAUGAAACGGCGGCCAUGUUGGUGUUCCAAACCAAUCCUCUGGGAGUUGAACUCUUUUUUCAUGCAAACGCUUUGUUUUGUGGCAACAAAUUUGCAUAGAUGCUGGCCACGUGAGUGAAAACACUCUACAGGGAGCUUAGCAACGACGACGGCGACGUCAACGAGAACGUCAAAAAAGCAAAAGGUUUAGUUUAGAAAAACAACUCAGCUGCACGUGCAUCACGUUUUUUUGUACAUGUCUUUACCGUCACUGCACGAUUACGACGUGAAAAUGCCUAAUUUCACGUUUUAAUUGUGGAGGACGUGAACACAAGACAACGACUUUCUUUUUCUUUUUCUGGACUUCGAUACAGUCUUUUAGAAUUCAACUGCAGAAAAAAUUGCCAACAUUUGACAAAUUAAACGCGAUGGAAUAAGGGUGAUAAAGUUUGAAGCAGCGUCACUUUUUAAGUGACGUUUACACGUAGCCGUCGCGUCGUUGUUGCUUGGUCUCACUAAUGUACCAGACAAUUCUAGAACGCCUGUCAGUCGUCUCGAACUUUUUGUCAGACUAGUUUUCUCCGAGAACUAGACAUACUUUAUACCUUUGUGAUUUUUGAUGACUUAAGCUUUGCAAAUCACAUGAGACUUUUAAAGCAUCAAUGAUACCUAUGUAAUACAAGUACGUGAACGUUUUUAAGGAAUCGUGCGUUCUAAGACUGCGCAAUGACAGGUAUAUGUACGUCAAGAAUCGAUUAGCGAUCGACGUCAUUCGCAUCUCGCAGUAACCUUUUUGUACGUUUUACUAUUGGAGUACUGGGUUCCCACGGGCUUCUCUUAUAGCUCAGUGGUAGAGAGACUGUAUAACUGAGCUAUUGAGAGCUCAUGGACGACAGUAUGGGCUCCAUUUUGUGAGAACUGGGAAGUUUUUUUUCGAGUAUAGUCCAUUCAUACACUGUACUAGUAUUAAUUCGCAUCAUCUUUUCUCUUUUUGAAGAAGUACGAGGGUAGUCUUCACACCAGACUUGCCAUGACAAGCGGUCACGAUCCUACCCAGGAUUUGAAUCAACGUCCCUUAGCUAAUGAACCAAUCGAACCCCCGGAGAAACCUUUGGAGAGAAACAUUCCGACGUCAAGUUUCCCAGAACCUUCGCUUUCGUCCACCGUCAUGGAGACAUCUGCGGAAAGCAAUGAUGUUCGUCCUGAAAAAGCCCACGAAGACAUGAAUGCGACACGGCCUGGACAACGUCAAAGUGUUACAAGAGAAGAGAUCAAAGACAAAAAAGAAAGCAGUCCGGAAAGUGUAGUGAAAGGUCAGGGUCUUGGAAAAGAAAAGACGGAAGAGUUAAGAGAACUUGAAGCAAAACCUGAGGAACCAACAAGAGUGAAGGCGUCACGGGCAGCUAUACCUGAAGGCAUUUCAGAGGACGUGUCGAAAGGAAGUCCAGAGCGGGUUGAAUCAGAUGUUGUAAUUCCAAGGGAAUCUGACGCUGAAAAACAUGCUCCACCCAUUCUAGAUGCGAAUGAAUUAGAACAGGCGGAGCAAAGUGAUGACGAUGAAAGUUUGGAUUUGAGUGAUCUCAGUCUACCUGAUGGGAAUGAACCAUAUGUUCCCUCUGUUCUUCAGGGGGAUCGAAGACUUAGUAGAGAGCAGGCUGAAGAGAGGUUAGGUCGCAAGGAUCCCGAUGUUCCUGCUGAACCCAGCAAACCUAACAUUGUGCCCGAGAGAUCAAAGAGCUUUACUGAAGAGAUUAGUGAGGAAAUCGUGGACACUGCGCCUUUGGACGACAGCGAGGGUCAUGAUGAUCUUGUUCAUGAUGAAGCGAGUAAAAUAUUGCCAAAGAAUGAUGCGGAAAUUAGCUUUUCAGAUUCACCAAAGGCGCAGGAUGUCAGGAGUGAUGAAGAUGGAAAAGGAAAGGUUACAAGUGAGAAUGUACUCGAACCUGAAGCGGAAAAAGACGAACGUGAGUCAUUGCUGAAAGAUGGAAGCAGUAGAACCCCGCAGAAGGCGGCAGAGGACAAAAAGCCAUCCGUAGAUGUAGACGGAUUUUUGGCUCUUCUUCAGACUGUUGAUGCUGAUGUGGAGGUGUCGUUUAGCCCGGAGGCUUUGUACCGCUCUGCCCAUUGCAGUUCAGACCUGCGACAGGAGAUUACAAGGUAAUAAUUUUUCUUGGGAAUAAGUUUUUAGUUCUUGGACAUUUUUUUAUUCCUAUGUUUAUCGACUCACGGAUUACCUGUCUUCAUAUUUGAAGAGCCGCCGAGAUGGGCAGUAGUCUCCAGUCUUUUGACCCAAACACGGUCAGCAUGAUUGUGUUGGAAGAGUUACCACUGGUGGUAUCCAGUUCCCCUACCGGCUGCCUCAUUCCAGACCGAGUGUUUACAGAAAGUGUUCCCUGUAGGUCAGAGAAAGAGAUGAGGUAAGACGACACCCGUAGUUUAAUUUUAAAUUGUCCUCAGCGUUGCCCUUUGUAAUUUUAGGGGUUGUAAUAACGGCCGGUCAACGGACAAUGUCCGGUCAAAAAUAGCCUUUGCCCGAUCCUUGGAUAACUGGACAUUUUUUGUCUUGUCGCUGCCAAAAACCGGUUGUGUCCGAACAAAAGUAGGAUUUGCCGCGCCCGCCGGACAACUGGAGUUGCGCCUACAGGGAAAUUAUUUCAAGCACUGAUUGUUACCUAUCAUGAAAAUUGUCAAACGUUCGGUGUUUUCUACCCUGCGAAGUUUGAAAGCUCCAUCAUUUCUCCCUGUCAUUGAAAACCCGCGUUUCGAUCUAUUCACACUAAUAAUAGUAAUAAUAAUAAAUGGAUAAAAAAAACUUGCUAGAGUAAAUGCGGUUUUAUUCGAAGUUUUACUGUUAGUCUUUCACAAGUAUAGAACUAUUCAAGUUGCAUUUUGUUUCCUCUUGGCCAGACCUUUUGUGGAGACUUCGUUAAUGGUAUUAUGGAAGACUUUGUUUUCCCAUUUUGUAAAUCUGGUUACAAAACACGUGAUGAGGGCGGACGGUGUUGGCAGUAUGUUUGGAUCUCGUCUCAUCUCUCAGGACUCGAAACAUGGAAAAGAGGUGAGAAACUUUUACUUUACAUUAUUUUACAACCGUGGCUUUCGAUCAGGGGUAGAAACUGGUUGUGAUGGGAGGCACUGUUUUUUUUUUUGGCGUGCAAGUUCCUUUCUCUUUCAAAAUGAGAAGUAGAUAUACAGAGAUCUGGAAAACAGCAGUAAAAGGUAGGGCUUUAUAAUUGGCGGCGAAACUUCUAUUUGCAAGGUAUAAAGAGCGUCUGAAUGGGGUUUAGCGUUUAGUGUUAUUUGCCCAUAAUUUUUAGUGUUUGCUGUUAGAUUGGCCAAUUUUCUAAUGUUUGCUGUUUCCGAAGAAAGUCCUGUUAUGUGAUUGGACGGUUCUUCGGACAUCUUCGGUAAUGGCUGGACCUCUUCGUUAGUCUUCGGAAAUCUUCGGUAGCCUUCGGAAGUCUUCUGAAAUACAUUGUCGUAAAAUGGCCGAAAACUCCUGGAUAUAUUAAGCAAAAUAAUAUUGGCCUUUUUGGAGCUGUUUUUGCUUCUUUCUGGAAAAAAUUUACUGUUUCAAAGAUUUUUCUGCUGUUAGUGUUAACUGUUUUAUGUUACAAAGCCAAAAAAUGAAGUGUUUAGUGUUAUCGAGGUAGGUGUUGUGUGAACGAAAUGCACCAAACACUGCAGCCAGCCCAAGUAUACUACAUGUAUGUGGGCCUCAAGGAAUCAAGGUGAAAUUAAUGGUAGGUUAUUGCCAGUAUAACUAUCUUUAUUAUAUACAUACUGAGAAAUAUUCACCAAAAAGCUAUGUCGUAAAUUUUCAUCUAGCAUGUUUCAUUUCUACGUUUUUGACAUUUUUUCCAGGGCGUGUACCUUUUCAAAAAUCAACACCCUGUUGGUACCAACAUUUCGGCGGGUCUUAUAUCUCACAUUGCACUCUUGUAUAAAUAGAACUUUCCGGCCUACAAUUUACAUAGCUAAAUUCAAAGUAACUGAACAAGUUUAAAGUUUCCACUUAAAGCGUUUCCUCUUGGCAAACCGACAGGAACUGUAGAUCAGUCUUUAAACAGCAAAGCCACUUGUGUUGCCAAGUAGUUCAACUUGUGAUACUUGACGUUCUUUGUUUGUCAUCGUCUUCAAAAAGAUCGGAUUAGUAUAAGAUUCUGGAAACUGCAACCAUAGCCCAACAUUUUGCCCCAAGUGAGAAGUUAGUAGUUAUAUCGUUGCGUUAGGGGAUCUAGAUGACAUUUGACCAAACGAAAACGCACAUGAAAAACUGUCCAUAUCUUCACGCUUAAGAUUACUGAAUACAUGGACACCGAUAGAACCAGAAGUCUCGUGAUGUUAUUUUUCUUGUUUUGAAGUCACUAUAUCCGGCCUAAUUUUAAUGUCAAGUUAACCUAGCUAUAAUUAUCUUUUUUCCUCUAAACGUGAAACACUUAAAUGCUAGACGUUUCCACCAAAGGUUGUUGCUAAUGUAAACUAAUCCUGUUUUGGCUACCUGCAUACAUGCCAUUUCUAACCAUACUUCCUAAUUUAUUUUUUUCAAAAGAAUGGUGUCAUCAAUCUAACUCCUUUUUAUAUUUCCUUAUUUUUUGUUUUAUUGUCUUAAAUUACGAUCAGUCAGUACCUUUAGUACUUAACCACACAACAACCUAAAUACAACAACCCGAUGCAUGUAGUAGAAGAAUUUACUUUCAGAGAAAAACACUUGCCUGAUGCAGUGACAAACCCAUGAUCACAAACUAUCGUUUUGAGAGAAACACGUUACAACGCCCAAGCAUCGUUUCCAUGAAUAUGCAACUUUUUGGAGGAUGAAAAAUUAAGAAAUGUCUCCUUAAAGAUGUCGAAGGGUUUUUGGAGAAGAUAUUUUUUGUUGGGUAGUCUUUUCAGAAUCUUUAUUUUUGUCUGCCCCAAAGCAUUAUACGUUUAUGUACUCUUGAAUGUUUUCAGGUGCUUUUUUCGGUGUUGAUAGAAGUCGGUCUCUCGUGAUUAAUACACCCUGGAAGUUGGGCGUAAGUGCAACUCUAGAAUGGUGCAAACAGGCGGAUGAAUUUCUAGACCUGAUGGGCAAAUUCUAGUUUCCUUCUUGGGAUUUCUUCCAACACUUAAACUUUCAGUAUAGCACAACGGUGCAAAUAUGAGAAUGCAGUAAAAUGGAAACAUAUGCUACAUAGCGGUUAAUCCUAUUUAACUGAGCCGUGUCUUAGUAGGGGCGGAAACAGUAAGCGAGAGACCUAAUAGUGGUGGUCCCUCCUCACAAUAUAUAUUAUUACUACUUUAAUAAACUUAGAACACGUGUUUGAAGUGCUGAAAAUGCUUUUAGCGCGCAAAUUUAACAUGAUAUUUAGCGAUCAGGUUUUAUGUUUUUCAUAAAAAAGGGACGGGAGAGAACAGAUAGGAACAAGUGCUACAGCUUUAUACAUUUAUGAACUCUUCGAUGUUUUAAGGUGCUUUUUUCGGUGUUGAUAGAAAGUCCUUCUCUCGUGACUAAUACAUCCUGGACGUUGGGCGUAAGUGCAACUCUAGAAUGGUGCAAACAGGCGGAUGAAUUUUUAGACCUGAUGGGCAAAUUCUUGUUUCCCUCUAGUGAUUUCUUCCAACACUUAAACUUUCAGUAUAGCACAACGGUGCAAAUUUAAGAUUACAAUAACAUGGAAACAUAUGCUACAUAGUGGUUAAUCCUAUUUAACUGAUCCGUGCCUCUAGUGGAGAAACAGUAAAAAAGACCUAAAAGUAGUGGUCCUUCCUCACAAUAUAUAUUAUUACUACUUAAACUACACGUGUUUGAAGUGCUGAAAAUGCUUUUAGCCCGCAAAUUAAAUAUGAUAUCUAGCGAUCAGAUUUUAUGUUUUUCAAAAUAAGGGAAGGGAGAGAACAGAUCGGAACAAGUCCUUUUCUUUUUAAAGGGGGCACACAGCUGGAUAAGCUUAAUCGUUGCCUUCCAGAAAUACUUCUUCUGUCAAGUCGAAUAUUCUAUUGCUAAACUUCAGUUAACGCUUACACAGCCUGGAUUUUAUCGCAGCACACGUUGCUUGGUUCGUUGGAAUUUUUCUCUUAUUUUUAAGCGUAAGAAUAAAAAAUAUCCAUCGGCCAAAUGCGAAAAUAUAGCCGAGCUUGCUGUUCAGUUAAGAUUGAUUGUGCAGUGCCGAACAACAGACGAUUAUUUUUCUGACUGUUCUAAGACCAAUUCUUAUCGCUUACUUUGAUUCAUAGCCUCAUGUGCGCUUCAGAAUUGCACCAAUUUACCUCAAAUCAGUGAGCGCUAAAAAGAGUCAAUCAUCCUAGGUGAAAUUUUGUCAUUAAAAAAAAAAGUUUUACAAUAACCUUGUUUAGUAGUCAAAUACCACUAAUUGCUUAAUGAACUGUAGGCAAAACUAAUUUGAUUUUUAUGAAUGGAUAAAGUGGUAAUGUUUGACCUUUAAUAUACUGUAUACAUACAUGCAUGCUCAUGCCGUGAUCGCGGAUUGUCCGCUAAAACAUGAGAAAUGAAACACUGGUAAUCCUCUUACCAGUUUGCUUUGUUUGUGAUGUAUUACUUGUGUCACAUUUGCAUUGAGAGGUGAUAACAAGAAUACUAAAGAAGGAAAAAGAAAAAAAGAGAGAGCGAGAGAGAAAGGAGGGUACACGCGGUGACAUAUAAAUAUGUUACAUAGGAUAUUAAUGAACUAAAGCGUAAACUGAACUAAAUAUUCAAUCUAUUUUCGUCUAAGGAACAGAGAACACAGCUUAUUUAUAAUCUGAAUUCCUUUCGGUACCUGAGAUUGAUUUUAUUUACAAAAUUUGGGGACGGUCGAACUUGACUUAAUUUGGAUAUGUAAAUGUAGUAGCGGAGGAUUGUAUUAAAGCAUAGUUGAAUUUCCUAUUUAAAGCCUCUAAUGUAUUAAAAAGGCCAAAUAUUUUUCGUUUGUUCUUGAAGCAAAAACAUUUUGUGUGAAAGGGGUACCUUUCCUCUCAAAAAUGGUAUACAAAAAGGUAGGGGGUUGGACAUUGCGGGGGACCCUCCCCGUAUAAAAUUAGUUGAGUAGCCCCAGGGGGGUGGGGGUUGGGGCUCGAAAGGUUCUGUGAUUUUCUAUAUGGUGACCAUUCAGUUUACGGUUAGUUAGUGCUCGUUAGUGCUUAUUUCGUUUCAAGGUGCCCGUAAAUUAACCUUUUAUACUAAUAUUUUCAUUCUAUACUGAACGCUCUUUUCUCAAGGUCUUUUCAAAAACUGUUCUAAGCAGUGUUUGGGAAUUCGUAUAAAUGAGAAACGUAUCAUCAAUCCUUAAAGUCAAAGUAGUUUUACGUUGAAAUCGUUCUUAAGCGAGUGCAAACUACUGCAGGGACCUAUUUUUUUUUACCAAUUAUACCAAUCAAUUAGUCUAUUCUCGGAUGAAACACUGACUCAGUACCACUCUUGCCAAGACUUAUAAACUCGCUGUUCAGUCUACAUGAUGCUUUCGGACGAUUAAUCAGCGAAUUGUUAUUUUUUGAGGUGUCGUUGCUAUUGCCAAGGCUCUGUAAGCUCUGUAAUCCGAAACACCGGGUACUCUUUCAGUGUGUAACUGGGCGUGCUAACAUGCCGUUCAGCCAAGAGUGAUGUAAGUACUCUCUCAUGAUGUGCCAUGGCGGAAUCAACCUUACCACUCGCAUCAGCCCAUGAACAUCACGCACGCGAUAAAGGUGGGCGUCGGUGGAGCUCGCCAGGCCCACGAUCUCCGACAUACCUCUGAGGUAGCGGCCAACGGCUAUCACGAAGAUUUGUGUGCCCGUAGCUUUGAUCUGCAACGCGCGAUACAGCGUUUUUUCUUUAUCCACAUUGGACUGUCCGUCAGUUACUAUUAAAACACGCUUUCUUACCCCAGGCCGACCGCCGCAUUUGCUGUUUAAUAUGAGCUCCCUUCGACAAAUAUCGAGAGCAUCUUGAGUAUUCGUUUUCCCUGCUUCGAAAGGUAUCUUGCGUAGUUUGUAUACGGUGUCACGGCGCGUGGUGAAAUUAAAACGGACCGUGGCGUUGUAUGAGAAUGUAAUGGCCGCGUAGCGUCUGUCUCUGUCUGCCUUUCCUGUAAGUAGCUGCAGAGCCCGUAGCGUAUUUUUGUAGUCUUGAGGCCGUAUCGAUGCUGAGGAGUCUAUAAUGAAGAUCGCAUCGAACUGUGCAAAUGACUGGGUCGGUAUGUCCGCAGACCUGCGAUGUCUUCUACGUAGUUGUCGAAUGACUCUGUGAUCUAUGCCAAAGAAGAACCGCAUUAACUUGUCGGCUGUGACUUGAGCAGGUGGAAUUUUCUGAAAUCCUGUCAAGUGAUGAGAUUUGGUUAAAUCGUCUAACAUUACAACACACUGUUUAAGAGCUGGAAGCUAUCUUAACAAGAUUGCCUUCUGUUUUUCUUUUUUGUUGAUAAAAAAAAAAAACCUCUCGUAAACACAAGUAAGGAUUCAGAAACCAGCAAUAAAGUUCAGUAUCCAUUUCACACCUAGAGUGAAUGAUGGGGCCUCGUCAGGUGGUUCUAACUCCUGAGUCUGUGGAUGAAAUCCUAUGGUGUUACCAUUCAAAUGAAACCUCAUCAGCAGUACUUUCACGUGGUGCUAUUUAUUUAGUGUGUAGUUCUAACUUUUGAGUCUGUGGAUGAAAUCCUAUGGUGUUACCAUUCAAAUCAAAGCUCUUCAGCAGCACUUUCACAUGGUACUAUUUAUUUAGUGUGUAGUUCUAACUUUUGAGUUUGUGGAUGAAAUCCUAUGGUAUUACCAUUCAAAUGAAAGCUCUCCAGCAAUACUUUCACAUGGUACUAUUUAUUUAGUAUGUAGUUCUAACUUUUGAGUCUGUGGAUGAAAUCCUAUGGUGUGACCAUUCAAAUGAAACCUCUUCAGCAGUACUUUCACAUGGUACUAUUUAUUUAGUAUGUAGUUCUAACUUUUGAGUCUCUGGAUGAAAUCCUAUGGUAUUACCAUUCAAAUGAAAGCUCUCCAGCAAUACUUUCACAUGGUACUAUUUAUUCAGUAUUUAGUUCUAACUUUUGUAUCUUUGGAUGAAAUCCAACGGUGUGACUAUUGAAAUAAAACAUCUUCAGCAGUAGUGGUGCUAUUUAUUUAGUAUGUGGUUCUCAGUAACUUUUGAGUCUGUGGAUGAAAUCAUUUGGUGUGACCAUUCAAACUAAAUCCCUCCAGCAGUUCUUUCACAUGUUAAUAUUUGUCUUUCGGCAAUUUGAAAAUGGAAUUUGGGAUUUUUGCGAUUUUUUUUUGUUUUACUUUGGCCACCAUUGGGAGUGAAAGGAAGAGGUAAGGAAGGGCGGAAAGCGUUUUGUAUGAAGACUUAAGAGUGCAUGACUCGUGCAAAGAUAAGAGAAAUAAUUUCAAUGUACGUGAUAAACAGCUCCGUAGGAAUAGGUACUCAGUAGCUUUCAUAUGAGAGAACACACUACACACUUCAGGAUCUCAGCAGCAGCUUCAGUCUUUCUUUAAAGUGACCACUAUAACAGUCAGGACGUAAGGAUUUUUCUAACAGCAGACUCAAACUCUAGUUUAGAUCCGGCUGAGCUGUGCUGGCAGCAAAAUCGAAGGCGAAAAUUUGCAGAAGAAAUAGCUACUUCACAACUUUAAAGCAUCUUGUACAAAACUAUUAAACAUUACCAACAGAAAGCACAAAACAGCGUUUUUUUAUUAUUAUUUAAUUUUAACCCUUUAGUGAGACUCCUAAACUUGUACUCUGACUCUUAGUCGAGAAGCUAUGUUUGAAAUGUCCUAAGUAUUUUAUCAUUGAACUCUAAAGAUGUCACCAUGGAGUCUGUUUUUGUUUUCAUUAAAAUGAAAAGGUAUUCAGUAGAGAUAAUUUUACAACCUGCCAAGAUUUUUGUCUGUGUUUAUUACACUCAGUUGGUUUUCUCUUUAAGCGAGUUUAAUUGAAUAGUUUUGUUGGUCUUAAUAGCUAGCAUGCUGGGUCAAGCUUCGACAAAACAAAACUUUGUUUAUCCAAACAGCUAACAAAAGAUAUGCUAAGUCCUUUUUGAAUUCUAUUUUUAAGGUCAAUGUACCUACGUCGUGUUUGGUCUUGUCUGCAGUGUCUUAAUUUUAAUUGCAAAACCUAGCCCGUUUGUAUUAUCGCUGCUUGAAGCCGCUGUGAAGCUUUUCUAACGAAUAUCAGUGCUGCAAUGACUGAAAGCUAUCAGAAAACGUCCGUUUGCUUUUUUAGAAACCUAACUUUUAGCCUGCGUAGCAUGGCAGUUUUGUCGGGAGCACGACUGAGCGGCAAAGCCGCAAAAACGCGCGCAAAACCCGGGCGAACGUCCUCACUGUUUCUCUGCCCUCGCCCGCCGUUAUUUACUUUGCGCGCCUAACCAAAACCGCCAUGCUACUAGGGCUACCUAACUUUACGGCUGAAUUAUUGAAAAAAACAACAAGUGUGAGUUAUCACUUGUUAAAACCGAACCUUAGAGAGAGAAUCAGAGGUAGUCUCUAAAUCUGAAAAUUUUUGAAAGCAUGAAGACCUGAAAAGGUUUAGGUGGCUUCAACAUUUGGACCUGUAACCAAAAGAAAUCCUAUAGGGAAAUUCGUUCAUUUCUUAGUUAACGUCUGUUGAUACUUUUGUGUUCUACUUUUUUCCUCUAAAACUAAAAGUAAUGUAAGAAGGAAACUCGAGUUUUGUCUCAACUUGUGUAUUUGGGCGCUGUCAGUUCUGAAGGCAUCACUUACUUUCCCCUGGAUCCGAGCUUACGAUCUUGUUCCGCUCCCAGAUAAAGCCGGAACACUCCCACCAUAAAACGAACAUAACUGUCACAUGCAACAGUGUCCUCCACAUUUCGAGGCUGUGUUCCAAGACUAUUUAGCCUGUUAGUGAAUUGGAGGUGUCUUCAGUGGUAUGGCCGAAUACUUGAGGUUCAAUCAAUUUAUCUCCUUGUGAUUUACGCAAAGCCUUUUAUCGUUUCUGUCGACACUUCUGGAACCAAUUAUGUUUAUAGUAAAACGUAUUGAGGAGACCUAGGGGGUGUUAAACAAUGGUCUGGAUUUUCGAGCUAUGACACAUGGCAGGAGUUAGGCUGACGAUCUGCUUCAGUAAGUUUUUACAAACUUCCUUUCUCAGAAUUUUCGAGAGUAGACUUCAGUCAAAGUGCAUAUCCGUGUGACCUUCGCGUACCAGCUGAAAUAAGAUGAUUAAAACAAAUUCGACAUUCAAAUACAGUCAGUAAUCGUAAAGUUGCCCUAAAAUUCAAUCUUAUAGAGAUAAAAGAAAAUGACUAAAGAACCAUGGAGACCAAUUCUAGGUGUCCGUUUAUGUGAAGCCGGUAUCCGUUCUGUAGUGUGUAGAGCGUCCAAAUUACUCGAGAAAAGAUAAAGAUAAAAACGUCUUUUAAAGUGCUGAAAGAAUACAGGUAAUUGGCACUAUCUCGAAUUUGACCUCUUCGAAGGAAAAGGAAAGACAAACUUUCGAGAAAAGGAGAGUCCUAUUUAAUUCGGGAAUAAAAUACUGUUGAACAGACUCCCAAGAGAAGCGGAUGUUUGUUAAAACCAGUGACAGAGAAAUUUCCGGAGCUUACUUAGAAAGGCCACACAACACUUUCAUGUUUCGUUUUCUAUCUCUGUUGUACCGUAUUGGCUUUAUUCUGCAGAAAAGUUCCAGUGCUCUUCACUUUUCAACAUAAACCUUUGUCGUUCGCAUAUUAAGGUACCUAUAGCAACCAAUACCGUUUUUCUUGUUAUCUCGGCACCAAAGCCUUUCUAGAAUUUUCGAUCCUUGUUGUUUGUUUAUAUCAAAGGAAAAUUCCUGGAUGUAUUUCAUUGUUUUCCUGCACUUUUUGUUUAUAUCAGUUUUAUAGCAUUUAUAACUGCCUUGUCAUCAUAUCACCGAGGCAAAUAUCACUUGUCUUAAAGAAAUUUUAUACUUCGCUUGCAUUUUAGGUUAAAUUGUUUAAUUUGAUUAGUAAUUUUUUCGGCAACAGCUCACCUCUAUAUGUUGCACCUAUGCUUUCGUUUGAAGUCGUCAGUUUAAUUUGAUUUGCUUCAUUGUUUUCACGGCUGUUCAUUUCACCAGGUUUUUACUUGUCGUGAUAUGACUGUGAUUAUGGUCUAUAACUUGCUUCGCAUCAGUAGCAGUUUCUACAGACUUAAACUUUAAAACUGAUAAAAUUCAAACCUCACGUCCCUUUGCAAAACCUAAAUUGAUUUAAGGCUUUGAAGGUUACAUUCUCGAGGAGCUCAUACAUAUGUUGUAUUACGUAAUGGCAAAGGAUUUCAUUUAAAACAAGAAAGCUUAAAAUCGUAAAAAUCUACAGGUUAAUGAUGCAGCCACUUGAUUCCUUUUGACUUUUUGCUGUAAAACAUUCCUUUUCCCCUUAAUUGAUUGCCUUUCUUCCUAUCAGGAUUAUAUUGAACUUCGACGCUCAAGCGGUUCUGGCUGCAAUUAACCUUAUGUACUGCGAAAAUUACCCUAUCAACCCAUCAUUGCAAUACUGUCCUGGGGGGACGGGAGGUUGUACUCCAUAUCUAAGACAUAUAGGUAUGUACCGCCCCAAAGGGUAAGAUUUUGGCGCCGUUUCGGUCUGAAAAGGGUUAUACACUUUGUUCAUUUAGGUCUGGAAUCUGGUAAUUAGUUUUUGAGGGAAGUACGAGAGUGCAUUAUGGGCGUAUUUGCCAUUUCAGUUCCAAAUGAAUUAGAAAGAAUGAUAACAUGGGAAUUCGAAAAUGGAUUUUAAGAAAUCUUUUUGCUGGCGUCUAAUCUAAGUAAUUUCAGGCCUGAAAACGGGUCUGGAAUUUAGAGGCCAGUUUUCUGGUCUGAAAUAGCGUCAGGAUUGGGGAAACCGGGCGCUAUACACUCCCACCAAGAUUAACCUUCCCCCCCCCGGAAUACUGCCCUCCCUGACAUUUUAAACGAUAAGCCACAUGUUAAGGUUCUUAAACAUCUUUUUCGGAAAGGACGUUUUUUUGUCAUAAUCUUAUUAUUAUGUUUAUUUGUCAGAUUUGUUCGUUACUAACCGUCAAAUGUUAAUUAAUUCCCUUAUCGUUUAAUUUCAUGUCGUUGAAGAUUAUUCAUGCAUUGAAGCGAACAACUGGAGCAAAGCGACGCAUUUUAUUUUCAAUACCCUUGGUUAACAAGAUUAGUCUCGCGAGCAGUGGUAAAUUAGUGAAGCUCUCUUCUUUGAAAUGGUACUUGCGACCAAAUGUCUCGACAAUAUUAUCCUCCUAUAUUUAUGUCUUACUAUUUUAAUAACGUGCUGGAUAGCAAGUUUUAGUUCGCGUGCUUUCUCUGAAUUAUUGACAAGUCACGGUAACAGGAUAAUUUCCACCUUUCAGUAUCACUAUAUUCUAGACCUCAGAAAAAUAUCACGUUGCACGUCACCAACAUUGUUUAUUGCCGUCUUGUUAAGUGAAUUCCUUCCUGAAAAACUCCGUGUUUCAUGGAGAAGUAGCCAGUAAGCAAAAUACAGAAGAACCUCAAGAUUUUGAUCAAAAUUUCACUUAAAUUUACCCCGAUUACUCGAAGUGUUUUUCGUUUCCCCUCAGAGUUCGAGUGACGGGGGUUCUACUAUAUGCGCUUGUAGUACUGUACAUUCUCUAUUAAGCCCCCUUUUUCAGGGAUAGAAAGUUAAUAAGCCCCCUCCCCUCCUCUCCCCUCACCCUUAUUACUCUUUUCUAAGAAAUGAUAGACUGUAUUAAUCAAUCACAACUGUGAAUCUUCAUUUGGAAUGAUCUCGGAUCGUUUAUUCACGUGUUAGAAGGUCGGAUUUGUUUUUGUUCACCGGCUACGUCACCUCCAACUUCUUGUACUUGAGUUCUUCCACUUUGCAUUCUAGGUAUUUAUGGAGACCCGAUACAACCAUCUUCGCUAAAUUAAAUAGCCCCCAUCAAAUGAGGAUCUACGGUAGUCCCAUUGAAACAAAAAUGCUUGACUCGUUCAGUCGUCGGAUCCUUUAUUGUUUUUCUUCUUCUUUUAUUUGUUCGUUAACUCGUCCUUGAACAUUUCUCAUUUAAUACCCCUUAAAAUACCCUGUUCCAGGCGUUCAGAUCGUGGGGACCGCACAAAGAGGCCUCUUUAUUUUUUUCUCGCUCUCUUACUUAGCGCCGCUUUCCUCUAUCCGAACGUCUGCCACAGGCCUCCCUUAAAAAGGAGUUCUCAUGGGUUUGCAUUUCCGCAUGAUUUUCCUUCGAACUUUUUAGCUGUAGUGUACUUCAUUGCUAAUUCUCAUUGGGGAGGGCCUUCGCUGACUUUAGGGUCUUCUUUGUCAGAGCUUUGUAAUAUCCCUGGUGAUGUCACCAUUGUUUUAGAUUGGAUAGCAAGGUUGCCAUAAUUAUUAUAGUGUAUACUUGUUAACAAAGAUAGCGUACUAAAACGUAGGGGGUUCGGAAAUAGGGUGCACUGUCAGUCCAGGGUUUUAGAAGGUUACGUGUGGGAGCAUGUUUUGAAUUGCAGUGUGCUUAUUUAGUCUAACUUUGUCUUUCAACUGUUCUAUUGCUUUGGGGAUUUCUUUUUAGUUCACUUUUUUGUAAUUACUAGUAAGUGGUUUAACAGACGUUUUGAGAAUUCACAGAAUUUUGGUAAGUAAGCAAUUGCGUUUGGUUGUCAUUAUGACUGUCAUGCUUUCAGUAAUUAAACCUUUGUGUGCAAACCUUACUUUUGUAACUUGUUUCUCCGCUAAGGCAAAGCUACCAGGCUUACUUUAGCCUGCGUAGCAGGCGCUUGGCCUCUCGUGUCUCCUUCGCGCGCGCCCGUUCUCUCUUUCACCCACUACUUCCAAGCGCCUGCUACGCAGGUUAGGCUUACUGUCGAGUACAAACAACUUUUAGACUUGUAACUUAGGCCGACUUAUCUCUUAGUAGAAGUUCACCACAAUAAUGGAUCUAUAUUCGCCCUAUGCCACCUCUGGUCUUUACAACCCAUAUCUUUACGUAACCGUUUUAUCUGUCCGAACUGUAAGAAGCAGAACCUACUUUUUUUCUGUUUGUUUGUUUGCUUGUUUUGUUUUCGGUUGUUUUUGGGUUUUUGGCGCCCGAGCACACUUCGGUCUUUAGCCUGUUAGUAAGAGUUAUAUACAGUCAGUUAUCUCGUUUUGGACUCUCAGGUAAAACAGACAUCGCCCCUAACCGCACACCUAGACACCCUUUCACCGUCUAUAAUGCGGACAGCUGUCUACAGGGACACCUAGAGUUGGUCCCUCUCGUUGUCCAGUCAUUUCCCUCGGACUCUCUACAGGGGGAUAUCUACCUAAGAGGAACACCUCGAGUUGGCCACUGCCGAUCGUCAGUCAUUUCCUUUGACUAACUCCGCAAGGCGGGCACUUCCUUAAUGGUGACCAUCUUAGAAAGAGGGCUUUCAGUUAUUGUCUGAAUCAAUCCUGUGAUGUUCAGAUUAUUAAAGGGGAAGUGUCGACUCGACAAAAGUUGCUUCCACUUGAACAUCCAAUAGAAGUGUUUGUAUCUGUGUUCAGCUGUGUUUAACUGAGGACGGAUUACAAUAAAGUUUACUGAAACUUGAAAAAGUCGGGUUGACGAGCUUUCCUUUUUCGGGAUAGUUAAUUGUGAAAAAAAAAAGCCUGAAACCUAUGCCUGGUAAAAAAGCCUCAAACCUAUCGUAAUUGGGCCUUUUUUGCUGGCUUUGCAUCUGUCAGUCACUUGGUUUAGUUAAUUAUCUGUAUCUGGCUGGAGCGGGAUGAAUUUUCUCUUGACGUCACGGCGCCAAUAGGAAAAAAGCUUUCCAGCUGCUUUACCAGCGUGGCCACUUUGACGUUAACUGUAUAUACACAAUUUGCCAACCUCUCGUUUGCAUCCUCCAAACUGGUCUUUCCCUCACAUUUAAAAUUACUGGGAAUUUUUAAGUCUCUUCAAAUUCAAAAGGAAAAAAAAAUGUCAAGGUGUCCAACGUAACGUCAUUUUAUUGGAUGGAAUUAAGUGUUUGGCUGCCUACCACUCUACGUAGUGUGCUUAUUUAGGUAUUGAUGUCCUCACCAUAUUGGUAACGUUCCAUAACCCAGGGGCGCUGAUGUUGAUGAAGGUAUCUCCAGGGUGGAAUAAGCCGAGUAAUGUCCAAUAGUGACAUGGUGUUUCGAACUCGAAACAGGUGUCUAUUUGUAGUGCUGGCAAUACCAACCAGCUCCUGGAUCCCAGGCAUGUAGUUUCCAACACCAAUUACGAACAUUUCGACGCCGAGCAUUUUGAGUUGAAAUGCACGAAACAAGGUGAAGUGAACGUUUACAUUGGAGCUCCCAUCAGUGAGUAGAAGAACGCGCUUUUUAGCUCCUGGACGAAGCUUGGAAUUUUUGUUCUGAAAGAGUUCAGUUCGGCAUUUUAAGAAUGCUUCUUGGGUGUUUGUCUUGUCGCCGAUAAAAUUUACUCUACUGCGCAGAUAGUGUUUCGCUGUCCAAGGAUCGGUGAAAUCAAAAGAGACCGUGGCUUUAUCCGAGAAUGUUAUGGCUGCGUAGUGAGUAUCCGGUCUUGCUUUGCUGAUCAGAGUCUUCAGAGCUUCAACGCCUCGGUCAAAGUCGCGUUUGCGAAUUGAAUUAGAAGCGUCAAACACAAGAACAACGUCAUAUUUGGUUUGGUCGAGACUUCUUCGAUGUCUUCUUCGGCUUCCGCUUUGAAGAAAAAACCGUUCAAUUUUCUUGGCGGUUACUUGUUUUCUAGGCACUCUAUCAAAUCCUGCCAAGACAAGAUUAAUUCUGUUAAUUUUAUAACACAGUGCAUCAGGAAGUAGGCGUUGAGGUUGACUUAGGGGUUUCUAUUCUUCUAGCAAUUCCUAAGUGCUAUCUAAUAGACCGCAUUACUGUCAUUGAAGUCUUACAUAGCUGGGUCUAGUUGACGUUUACUCAAAUGUAGUGUGUAUAGCUGUAAAACAGUUUCUACCCUCUCCCAUAUGAUCAUCCUUUCAUGUACACAUUGCUCCUAAGAAACUUAAAACUUAACCCUGAUAAUUUCCAUCUCCAAUUUGCGACCUAAAUCUCUCCAUUUUCAAUUCUUUGAUUUUUUUUUACAGUUAUCAUUAAAGAUCUCUAGCCUUAAUUGAAACCCUAAUCCACAGGAAAAUUAUCGUCUGACACUGAAUUUACGGACGUGGCAGACCAUAUCUGCUCACAGAGAAACAAAAAAUAAAUAAAUAAUGAUGAAAAAAAGUAGAACUUCGACCGGUUAUCUUUUAAUACAAAUUUAAGUUCUGAGCCGUUUCAACUUGUCCUAGCGUAAUAUCUAAACAUUGCUUCCCAUGAAAAGAAACAAGAACGCAUACUGCUAUGUCUGAAUAAAGAGCUCUUAAAAACGGAUCUUGAGGUACGCAGAUUAUUUCAUUUAAACCGCUGUAUAAUUUUAUUAUGGCGACGGCAACGAGAACCGUCAAAAAGCAACAGGUUUCAUAAAAAUAAAACUUUGCAUGUGCGACACACUUUUCGGUACAUUUUUUUGCCGUCAUGCACUGCACGACUACGACUUGAAAUGCCUAAUUUUACGUAGUUUAUCGAGAACAUAUUAGACAAACAACGUCAACUUUCUCUUUCCUGUUUUGAACUGGGCUAUUUUUCUUAGGAAUUCAACUUGAGUAGAGUCGCAUUCAUUUGGCAAAGUGAGCGAAAUGGGAUAAUGGCAUUGAAGUUUUAAAGAACGCGAAUUCAAUUUUUAGUUAUCUUUUCGUUGUCUUCGCCGUUGUGAUAUCUUACACUCCCAGUUUUUUCUAACAGAACUGGGCCCUUACGUAUACAGGAAAGCCAUUUUUAAUAUCCCACCGCAUACAUGUACUUUUACUUCAAAGUAGAGUUAACGGACUUUAAGCUGACAUCGUCUCGCUCUUGUCGGAACGUAGUUACUUUAAGUUCGUGUCUUAAAGACACGAACUGAGAAUUGUGAUGUUAAAACUGUGUGGGAGAAUCAAAUACAUUUCCUUAAUAGAUAGUCCAUUGCACGACAAUGGAAAUUCCUAGGUAGAGUUUAAAAUCCAACUUACUUGACUGUGGAGAUAUUCCUUUUGUCUUCGUCUUCUCCCACACAAAGCCGUCUGAAAACACAGCAGACAGAAGCACCAAAACUGUCUUAACAGUGAGCAUCAUAUUCGCAGUAGCAGCUUGGUCCGUUGCCCCUUUUCUUUGCCAGGCACACGAGUUUUUUCUACUGGGUCGUUCUGACGGGAGGUAUAAUUGUUGUGAUUUGCAUUAGGAGUGGGCGGAAUGUAAAUAACCCUGUACAAUUUCUUUAGUUCGGGUUACGUUUCACUUAUUUUAGUGUUGAAAAGCAUUUUUCGCUUGUCGUCUAGAGGUUGCGGGUCUUCCAUUGAUCGUCACGAAAAAACAAAAGGCAGACAAAAACAAAGACAGUACAAGUGCUUUGUUUUCUUUUCGCGGUUGGAAGUCGUAGGCUUGGUGGCUGUAAAAGUGGUGCAACCAUCCGAAAACCUACCAAGUUUAAAUUCUGUUGUUCCAAGUAUUCACUUUUUCAGCAAUGAGAAAGGUUAUAUAUAAGUUAAGGACUAUUGAAGCUUCUGUGAUAUUAAUAAGUUAUUUUUUGUUUUUGUUUUUUGCAUUUCCAUGUGAAAAGUUAUUUCCUGUUCUGUUUUACUGUUAGGAAAACGAGAAUUUCUCGCUUAUUUAAUUGAUCAAAUGCUAAUUCUUGAAUGUAUUUUGCACACCGAAAAUUAACUUACGAUCAGCUAUAUAAGUAUUUCGCCGGCAAAAGGUUUAAUUAUAUGCGAUAAGAAUCUGGUUCCAGAAACUUCUCUUUUUAGUUUUUUUUUUUAUAGUUUUUCUUUCUAUUGUAAGAAGACGUUUAUCUCAUAAGGCUCAAGGCACAAGAAUGCUACUUUCUUAACAAACAAAAUUCAGUGUUGAAAUGAAAACUACAGACAAUAACAGUUCAUAUUAUCGGAAAAAUAGAAGUAGACUUCAAACUUGGAGUCUGCCACUUCGAUCCCAACGACCCAAGUGCACCGCAGACUUUUAAAUUGCUUUAUUGCUCUUCUAUUAUUAUUAUUUUUUUUUUUGGUUUGGUUUGUUUUUGACUGCCGCUAAUCUUUGCUUAUCAGUCGUACAAAACGGGCAAUCAUGACACAUGACAGCGUUUCUGGAGUGUUCCGCGGGUCGCGAUAAGAAACUUAGGGUCAUCUCGACAUCCCUUGAUUUCAGUCCAUAACCAAUAACAAAGAUCUCUAUCUUAAUAGAUAUGUGUGUAGUUUAAGCUCCAACCAAUACAGUCUUUUGUUUUCGCGGUGGUACUGUGCUCUAUUUUUUUCUGGAGUUUUCUGAUUUCUAUAGAAACUUGGCGCAUUACCAUUUGAAAUCAAUACUGAGGUACGGAGUGUCAGCAAAUGAAGACAAGACAAAAUAUCUGACUUCGUGCUGCCUGUCUAAUCAAAAACCGUUUCCAAUUGUUUUAUACUUUAAAGUUAGCUAUACUUAUCUAGGCUUCCCAAACCAAAAUCCUUUUUGGACCUUAAAAGCUUUAGAUGUGCUGAAUACAAACUCAGGUCAGUGCAUUUUGUAGCACCUUCGUUAUGAUCUUUAUAUAGACUGGUGCUCUCUAGCCGGAAAUUUCUGCGGUGUGUUUGUCGAAAGAGGAUCCCGUCCAUUUUUUUAAGUAUUCAUUUUCAGUGGGUCAAGCACAUCAUCAACAACUUAAGUUGACUAGUUAGGCAAGCUUUCAAUUCCCCCAUAGUGCUAUUAAAACAAUCCAGGUUUUUAUCAGAAUAUAUCGCACACCAUACUUGAAACUUGUUGGCACCUCAUUGCAGAUAAGAAUUUUAAUGGCUCUAUAAAUACAUAUAUUAGGAUGUAGAAAUGACAUGAGUUAUUGAUGUUUCUCUGAUAAUUAGGUCGAUGAAAGAAGCCUUACUUUUGAAGUAUUUUUUGGGAAACCAAGAUUGUUUACGAGUCGAAAUGAUCUUUUUACUUCGUUAGCUUUGCCCGUCAAAAAAGCGGCUCUCCAUGUGUUUGUACGCGAUCCUACCACUUCUAUAUCCCUUGGGUACGCGCUUAUAUAGCCAUAUAGGUAUGUGCUACCCCAAAGGGUAGGGUUUUUGCACCGUUUUGGUCUGAAAACAGUAUAGACUGUCGAUUUUGGUCUUGAAUCGGGUAUGGUUUUUCUCGCCUUCGUUUGCCUCAAAUUACGUGCAAAUGGAAAAAAUUUUGAAUCCAUUUGCCAAAAACCCAAUGAGAAAACCAGGAAAAAAUCUCUCACAUAAAUUAAGCGUCAGGUUACCACUUUCUUUCAGUUGUUGAUUUGCCAAAUCAGCCCGCCAGGCUGUUUAGGUGUUAAGAAUAGCACAGCGUGCAUAACUGGUAAAGAGAGCUCAUAUGUGAAACCCUUUCAACAAUCAUCUUUCCGUGUUGUUCAGUGAUAUUCUCAGCGUCGUGUGAGGUGUUGAAGGAAAGCACCUCAGCCGUCCUUCUGGCAAAGAGGAAAUUCCUUUGAUUUUAAAUUGCCAAAAUCACUUUUCGGUAGGAAAGCUAUACUUAUACUGAAUGCGCGGGUAUCAACAAUAAAUAUACAUAGUGUAAACAAAUGAACAAAGUGCAAAGUUAGCAAUUGGGAUCACAUCAUCAAUGAGUCCUUUUUUCAAGUUCAUUUUGUCAACUUUGACAGUGCGUGUCAUCACGCGCCAUGGAACUUUACUUUACUUGUGCAUGAAUGCCAAUAUUACAUCUUCUUGUCCAGCAAAUAUGCCUUCUUAUUAUACAUUGGACUCACUAUCUGUCUUCUCAUUGGCUAAGAGCCUACAGCUUACUUUGGAAAUCAGUGCAACCUACAGAUUAAUUAGUUAUCUGUUAGUUAUCUGUUAGCAGAUAACUGACUAAUCUGUAGGUUGCGCGCGCAAUGCCUGAUUUUCAAUAACAACAUCAAUUUCCUGGCGACUGAGUGUUUGUCGCUAUUUUUCUCAAAACCGUACAAUGAAACAAUUAUUAGAUUCGGUUUUUGUGAUAUUCUUAAUAAUCAAGGUCUCUGUAAGUGUUAUUAGCCUCGGCCUUGGGCUCGGCUGAUAACACUUACCUCGGCUAGCUUUUAUUGUUCUAACACUGUAAUCAGGGAUAAAGCUGGCUUUACAAAUGCUACUAAUCUGAACAAGUGAAAAAAAAAUUGAUGUAUACCAAUCCCAAAACCACACAAGUAUCUUUCCUUUAUAGCUUUUUCACUCACGUGGCCAGCACCUAUGCAAAUUUCUUGCGACAAAAGUGUCUCACCACAAGGCCCCGUUCACACGUAUCCCGAUAGUUUUGAAUCCGCAACUUUUUCUUUCCGGAUUCGGCUUCAGUCCACCCGUAUCCGGUGAAUCCAGCGUACGAAUCAGCAACUCUUUAAGUCCUCCCUCCAGAGUGGAAAUUUCUGAAUACGCUGUGAAUCCGGAAUCUGGAUAUUCUUUUAUCCAGUGACGUCACAAUGUCGAGAGUAGUUCUUUACCGUAAAUAUUCGAGACGGUGCCGAGCGCAAUGUUAUCGCUUCUUUACUUGUUGAACUUCAGAUUCAAGUCUUAUAACGUGCGGCAGUUAAAGCUAGGUAUGAUUACUGUAUACUUCGAUUACGCCCCUUUGUACUUGACACUGAACAAGAUGAAAGACACAUAACCUUCUUAAUCAAGGAGAAAACUGACUGACUUGAAUGAUUUUUCUCCUUUUUGUUAAUUCCUAGUAUUUUGGAGUAAUUCUCACGGGUGGCCUCUAUUAGACCUGCAGGGGAUGAUUAUUUAACAAUUAUUCCUUCUAGCCCGAAUGGGCUCUGAGUCAAUAGCCCAUGAAGACGAGGGCCGAAUGGGCUAUUGACUCAGAGGCGAUGAGGGCGAGAUGGAUAAUUGUUUUAGUAAAAUCCAACUAGUUGGUCAAAAAUAUCGAGACAAAACAACUUAAGCCAGCAAAGCGCAAUUCUGCGGCCAUUGUUUUGGUUUACAAAGCCGGCGCUUUUCGCUACUAGUGGACUGUAAGAUAUAACCUAGUAGUAGCUCAACCAAUCAGAGCGCAGCAUUGAUAAUAGACCACUAGUUGGAUUUUACUAAUAGAUAAUAGGCGUUUAUUUGGAAGUGGGCGUCUAAUAGGUCAUUUACAGUAGUAAUGUUAACCCGUAAAAUAGCCACCCUUGAGAGGUAAACACUACUCUAGGGAAUAGUCACAGGGAGGUCUGUCCCUCAAGCAAAUGCCACUGUUUUAAGGCGGGAGCUCUCUAAGGCAGAUAAACUGGACACUCAGAAGUGUCCAGCCCCGGCAGUAAGCAGUCUGCUGCAGUAGCUUCUUGUGUGGAGGAAGGUUGGCAACAUUCUUCUGAGAAUGACGUUUAUAUACGUUCUUGAAACAUUCCUUUCUGAACAUUUUUCAAAUCGAUUCUUUUCAGAGUCAACUGCUGCUGACUCGAAUUCUGGAAGCUGCAGUGCUAGAUACCAGCGAUCCAUCGGCCUCUCCCCCUCCAGCUGACGACUUGGAUCUCGAGCCUCGCGUGGAAACUGAGGUGCCAAACAAGGAUGAUGUGUCCAUCGCAAGUGAGGGUUCCAGCAGUACCCUGGGAUCUACACCUCCUAAAGCUCAGCCAGUGUAGGUUACAAGCAAAAUACGUUCGUCAGUGACUCUGUUUGUCAAUUAAUAGUUUAUCAACAGAAACAACAAUACAUGUAUUUAAAGAGGCUACGUCACGCUAUUUGCUAUUAAAAAAAAGCUUGAACGUGUCCUCAGGUCAAUUGGAUUCCAAGAAAAAAACACCCAAUUUUGUCACUGAAACUUUUUCCUGUCGUCUGUUGCAAAGGAUGGUAAGAAUGGACAUGGAUUGGAAAAAAAAAACUGGGCCAGCUUUUCCAGGUGUAACUGAAUGCUGUGCCUGCCAAAAUCGUCAAAAAAUUAUUAUGGUUAGUUCUCCCUGAUAUCUCUAAGGGAACAUUUUGUGUAUGGGUGAAAGCACUAAGUAAUGACUGUAGCACAGAACUGACAACCUAAAUCCCCUUUAAAGAGUUAAGAUGCGAUGAUCUCGAUCUGCGGACGAGAUUACUUCGAGACGGCUUUAUCACAUCUUACGAGCUACGCACACGAAGAAAACAUGGAUCCAUAAACUAUCAUUUUGUUACAAAUAUGGUAACAGAACUCUCUCGGAUGAACGGUGCAUGUAUUAAACUUGUUGGGAAUUGAGUGACAUGCGCUCAACCGUAGUCCGUAGGCUGUAGUCGAUGUAUUUCAAAUAUUGUAUUCUGCAAGGUUCAUCUAAAACGGUUAUGUCAGCAAUGGUUGAAGAUAUCCCGUAUUGCAUAGAUCAUCAGAUUUAAUCUACUUUGUCUAAAAUUGUCGACAAAACUCUUCACAAACUUAUUCUUAUGUAGUGGUUUAGGCGAACACUACCUAAUAAACAUACGUCAAUUUUUUUUUUUUCUAUAGCAAACCAAGUGAAGGAGACCGCAAGCCUACACCCGAACCGUCGGCGUCGUACGAAGAUGACUUUGAAGACGAUGUACCAUUAACAGAAUCGGCUGCUUACCUUAAAAUGGUGAGCAGUGCCCGCUCAGAGCCAGAUGAUGACAUCAGUGAUCCCCUAGGAAAUUCCGGGCCUCUGAAAGAGGAAAGCGAGGCUGACGAGGACGUUGAAAGAGAACUUGCGCGGAGUAUGUCACCGCCAGUUACUUCACCGCGUACCAAAUCACCGAGUAAUUUUAAGAGCGGAAGGCAGAAACCAAAAUUGUCUUUGUUUGAUAAGGGAGCUACUACCGCUGACGAAAAAGCCGACAGCAAGGACUUAGCCGAUAGCUGGGGCGGGUCGUCGAUAAAAUCUGUCAAAUCUGACAUCUCAGACUCGGAGUCCGUGGUAUCCCCACCGUUAUCUCCCGAUGCGGGAGGACUUGGGUAUAUACCUACUGCGUUAGAGAGCAGGGAACAGCAGCAGGCGGAAAAGAAGGAAGAUAAAGACAAUGAGAAAAGUGAGAAGUCAGUCAAUGAUUCCAAAGCGAAAAGAAAAACAGGUAAAGUAGCUAGACACUCACCGACUCCUUUGAGGUGAAAUUGAACAUCUUUUAAACGAGAGGGGAAGGGAAAAAUGUGACCUAGGAUGCGACUCAGGCUAGGUUCACACGGUACCUUGUUCCGUUCACACGGAAUCAUCUUAUAGCCGUACGAAAAUUUAGACGAAUAUUGAACGGUCCAAUUUAGAGCUCUUGAGCUGAGUUCUAUGUACGCUUUCUUUUAGUCAGGCUUUCGUGCUAUUCACUCAACUGUCACGGCUCUCCUGAGGCCACGGACACUUGGGCGUAUAAUAUUGACCGCGGUAAAAUCAACGCCGUUGUUUUCUUAGAUCUCAAAAAAGGCCUUCGACACAAUUGACCAUGAGAUCCUUUUAUCAAAAUUAAGCAAUUACGGCGUAUAUGGUAACGCGCACCAAUGGUUUAAGUCACAUUUAGAGAAUCGUACUCAAAUGUGCUCCAUCAACGGAUCGCUCUCUCAAAGCUGUUUAUUAAGUUGUGGUGUUCCCCAGGGGACAAUUUUAGGUCCACUACUAUUUCCGUUAUACAUCAACGAUCUUCCAAACUGUCUUUCAAAUUGUGAGCCGAGGAUGUACGCUGAUGACACCCACCUUACGUACGCAGGUGAUAAUGCAGACAAUAUUCAGUUGCAUCUAAAUCAAGAUUUAGAAAAUGUUCACAAUUGGCUGAGAGCAAACAAACUCACUCUACAUAUGACUAAAACCGAAUUUAUGCUUAUCGGAUCUAGGCAGAGGCUAAGUACUCUCACAGAGUCCCCGACAUUUGUAAUUAACGAUUUUCAAGUUAGCCAGGUCACUACUGCAAAAUCACUUGGAGUGACCAUCGAUAACAGACUUGAUUGGAGUGACCAUAUCGAGAAAGUAACAAAGAAAGUCGCUUCUGUUAUUGGGGCCAUAAAACGAAUAAGGCACCUGGUCCCUCAGGCGACCUUACAACCAAUAUAUCAAGCUUUAAUACAGCCACACUUUGAUUAUUGCAACAUUGUUUGGGGAAACUGUGGGAUAACUUUACGGAAUAAGGUUCAAAAGCUACAAAACAGAGCUGCCCGUGUUUUGACCUACUCAAGCUAUGACGUAGAUGCUGGUCACCUUUUCAAACUUCUAGGGUGGAAAAACGUAGCUUGCCAGCAACAAAUUCAAAGAGCUACGAUGGUUUAAAGGUCUCUGCACGGGUUGGCUCCAAACUAUCUUAGUUCUAAAUUUGAAAGGCAAGAAGUCGCAUAUAACCUAAGGGACUCUGAAAAUAAACUCAAUGUUCCAUUACCGCGCACAAACUAUUACAAAAACAGCUUCAGCUAUAGUGGCGCCAUUCUCUGGAACAGUCUUCCUUGUAACUUAAGGGAAGCAGAGUUCCUUGGGCAUUUUAAACGAUUAGUCAAAGAACCGUAAGGCACGGCAUUCGUGGAAAGCAGCUUUUUUAUUUAAAUAUUUUUAUUAUAUUAGUAUUAGGCAUUUUUAAAGCUGACGAAUUUUGUACCGUGGAUAAAUAAAGAUUAUCUAUCUAUCUAUCUAUCUAUCUAUCUAUCUAUCUAUCUAUCUAUCUAUCUAUCUAUCUAGCCUGCGCCACAGACGAAUCUAAACUUCUGGUUAAAACAGCGCCGAACUCUUUGUUUUAUGGGCCCCCACCUGUGUAAAGGAUUUGAGUACACGCCAUGAUUGGUCUGUCAAAAAUGCCCUUGUAGAUUUGCCAAUCAGGUUGAAGGGAAAUUCGAAAACGAAUUUUCUGUCAAUUGUUGAAUCUGUUGGGGUCCCAGAACAAUGGUCUCGGCGCUGCUCCGCAGUUGUUACUUAAUGGGGCUAGGUUACGUCUAUGACGGCAGGCUCUUUUAGAGACUUGUCACAAAUUUUCGCCUCGGCUGUACUGAUGAAUUUUUUUUAUAUCGUCGUAGAUUUUUGGAAUAACUCGGACACAGAAUCUGAAGUGGAUCUACAACUGAGCACCGGUGGAUUUGAUCAAGACGAUGAUGACGAUUUUGAUUUUUACGGGUAACUGGCAGGAUACACGAAAUACACGUCUCAGGUGUCGGUACACGCCUGUUACACACGUCAACACAGUGACGUGGCAGCCGCUCCUAGUUAUUCACUCAUCAGUCCUAUGGUUCCUGUAAAAUAGUUGAACUGCACGAUAAAAUUACAAGAUAGAAAGAAUUGUAUUGAUUAGAUAGUUUGCCUUUUAGUCUUGUACACCUUAUCCUCAAUUUUGAAAUCCUUUUAGCAGUUUACCAAGUGUGUGAUGCUAGCGAUUAUAGCUACAUCACCGGACAAAACUGUUGAGACAAUUCCAUCUGUUUUCUAACUUUUGCGCUCUACUCCUGUCUCCUCUAAAGAAAAAAAGUAAGCCCCCUCCCCACCCCCUAUUCAAAGUUGUCUUAUAUACAUGUAUAAUUGCCAUGCUAUCCUAAACAACUUUGGAUAAGGGGAGGGGGUAAAUCGGGCAUUCAUUUGGCGGAGGUUUCAGUUUUUCCCAACAGUUUUUUGUCUCAACAGUUUUUGUCCGGGGUUGUAGCUACAAUCCUGGACGAACGUCUUGAGAGAAAUUUGCAUUCGUGGCGCAUAUUUUAAAGCUACACAUGCGUAUUCACAAUUUUCCAAACCUUCAGCAUUGUAUAGGGUGAGUAGGUGCAUAGGAGGGACUUCUAGGCAUUUGUUUCUUAAAAGCACUGCUUUAAGGCCCCCCUGACCUAGCUUUCGCGCACUGCUAAGAAAAAGCAUCGUACUUCCGUUAAUUUUCUGGCCAGGAGCUACCCAGCUACCCACCUCCCACACCCCCUCCUCGACAGAGCAGUAUUAUUUUGUAACGUACAGCGGCUUAUUUUAUGUGAAUUGAAACAAUAAUAACAUAUUCACGAAAAAACAGUGAUUAAAAUGCUAAACG